AUAACGUAUUUCUCUUGACAAACAUAAACAAGCUGCGUUAAUAAUUAUUUAUUUUAAGGAGUACUGACAUAAAAAUAUAUUAAAUAUUAAUUAAAAGUAGUAAAUUCAGACAAUAAUUUUAUCACAUUUCAUUUAAAGUUAAUGGUAAUGACAAAUUUACAAUGUCUUCAAAUCAGAGAAAAAAUCGUAGAAAAUUAACAAACUUUAUGGAUGAAGAUUCUGCUUCUGAAUCAUUUGUAUCGAUUCAAUCAGAAGAAGAGGACACAUUUGCAAAAGAAACAUCCGUCCAAAGAACAUCUCCUCGAAGGCCUAAAUCAACAACAAGCUUCAGAAAACCUCAAGCUACAAUUAAACCUGGGAAGAAAACAUUACCUAAUCCAGAGAAAAGAUUUCAAAGCAAACGUCUCAGCAAUUUAACAGAAUCAGAAAAUGAAGAUGAAGCCCGUUUAAAUUACAGUCGCCAAAGUAGACGUGAUCAAACGAAAUCUUCAAAUGUCAAUCGAACAAAGCAGACUCAAAGAGAGACGAUAGCAAGACAUACACGUCGUCGCAAAAAUACACCCAAACGUCGAACUGUCAUACAUGAAAUAGUUAGAUUACAAAAGACUGUUGAACCACAAAUUCCAAUGGCUCCUUUUGCUCGACUUGUUAGAGAAUUCAUUCAGAAACAUGGAGGACGGCAAGAUUAUCGAAUUACACCUGAAGCUCUGGUAGCGUUACGUGAAGCAUCUGAAUCAUAUCUUACGAAUCUCUUUUGCGAUGCAAUCAUGAUAACACUUAACCGACAUCAAGUAACACUUCAACCAAGAGACAUAAGACUUCUCCUCUUUCUUCGUGGACCAAAUCAAAACUAAGUUUCUUUCAAAGUUUUCCAUAAGUAUCUAUUAUCAAAAAAAAAGAGAACUUGUUGCGUUUUAAUUUAUGGUUCAAAUCAGUUUUUUAUAAUUUUUUCUUCAAUGGUUUUAAAGAUUUAAAUAUUUAAGUUUUAUAUCAAUUAGGUAUUAGCAAAUAAUUUUACUCAUUGUUUUUGUGAUCUAAAACAAUUCAAAUCAUUGCUUGUUGAUGCCUUUUAAGAAAUAGAGUAACGGCUAAGAAAAGAUUAUUAAUUAUACCUUAACUAUAACUAUCUGUGAGCCUUUUCCAAACUUAACUAUAAGAUGAUUAUUAAAAAAAAAAAAGGAAGCGAAAAAUUGAAAAAUAAACUGCUGAAGAAAAUCCCAU